AACCAUUUCUACCGAUCAAAUUCCAUUAAAUUCCGUUUCAGUUCCGGUCAAAAUUCCCAUCCCGUCUAACCUCCUCGGAGCCUGAAAAUAUUGGCGCCAAGGUCUCACACAGUGCAGAAAUGGCGAGUUUACUAGGGUUCCAUCCUCCUCACUUCUCUGAGGAGGCGGCAUGGCUUCCGGCUUGGCUUCAGCCUUCUACGAUAAGAGAGGACAGUAAUCAAGAAUUUGAAUGUCCUUCGGGGCAAGGUUUGGAGGAAAUGUUAUGCCUAAAACAAAGCACCAGUGACAGAGAAAGUGGGAAUUUGUCGGAUGAUGGCUGGUGUAAGAGUUUCCGUUUAUUCUUAUCAGGGGAAGACAAUUCGCCGAUGCAUUUUACUUCAUGUUCUAGCAAUCAUGAAGUUCGAUAUAAUCUUCGUCUAUCACUGAAUGAAGAAUCUGAGUAUUCAUUGAGUCCAAUUUUGAGUAAAUCUCAAGCAGAGAGAUUUGAAUUCAAUCAAGCUCUCCCAGUACACCAGCCAGAUGCUAAAGGUAUCCCUGAGGAGGAUAUCCAUGAAAUGAACUAUAAUGCUGUUGAAGCUUAUAUGGUUCCAAAUCAACAGAGGGACCAUUUAGGAAUUUUAGGUCAUGAGGAUCUCAGCUUAAAAGAGAAAAAGGGGAUAAAGCCUAAAGUAGAUGCCAGAUCUCUGAAAGUUGAUGUCGAUGAUGCAGUUGAACUCGCUGUUGCAGCAUCAGAGGCAUUGACAAUACAUGAGGUAGUAAAAGAUGAACCAAGUUCAGAACUUUUGAUGGCUUCAACCGUACUUGAAGCUGCAAUGCGGGUGAAGCAGGCACGGUUGGAGGAUCUCGAAGAGACUCUAAGUUGUUGUGGUGGGGAAUGCAAUGAUAUUGACUUUCUUUCAGAUUUGGACGAGUCCACCAUGGCAGAUGCAUAUGAAAAUGUGGGGUUAACAGUUUCUGGCCAUGGUCAUCUGAGUGCUUAUGAAUCCGUAUCUCGCAUUAAAGACAGUUAUGCAUCAGAAAGUUAUAUGUCUAAUGUCAAACAGAAGGGCAAUGAGCCUGGCUGCCUAGAAGUUGAUUCUGGUUCUAUUUUACCAAAACAGCAGCAUAAACAGGUUAACAGUGCCAGCAUGUUAUUGAAGAGAGGCUUGGAAUCUGUCAAAGGUGAUACAUGCAAGGAACAGGUUGAUUAUGCAGCAGUAAGUACAGAGAACGCCGAUCUUGCAUGUGAUAUGGAUCCCAUGUUGAGUUGUUCGGUUCGGCAAGCUGAAUUUUGCACAACAGAGGUUGGCUUGCAGAGGGAGGGCUUUCCAGUUGGGGAUGUGACAUCAUCUCAAACAAUUUUAAGAUCUGUCCAGUCUGGGAGCUCUGGUUACAAUGAGAGAGAAGAUAAGAUGACAAAUAUGGUUUCAGAUAGAUUUCAUAGCCGCUGGUUUGGUGGUUGGACAUGGAAGAAUGAAGCAAGCAUUCCUGCAGUUACCAACCAUAAAUAUGAAAGAUGCAUCCAUGAACCUUUUGCCAAUGAAACAAGUUCUCUCUCGGAAUCUGCUGAUAUCACUCCAGAUAAGAAUUCCUGCAUCCAAAAACAAGACAAUGAUCGCAAAAUUGUUUCUCAAUCAAGUGUAGCUCCAGAAGGUACAUACGAGGAAUCUAGUAAUAAUGGGAAUUUGUUUUCUGAGGAUGUGGCCGUUUCUCCUUGUGUGUCCCCAAUGGACCCUUUGUGUUCUGUUGUUCCUUGCAGCUUUACUUUGGAUAAUGCUUGCCACCAGAAUGUUGCAUCUCAGAAUUGCCAACGCCAGGUGAAUCCCGAGAAGCAAUUUAGCCUUGCAGCCCAAGUUAAUUUGGAUAAUCUAAAAACUAUCUCACCCCAAGGUGCCGAUUUUCUUCAUGGGGAUGUGAAAUCUAUUUCGAAGAUUAAUGGUGAGAGUUCUACUGUAGGUAGGCAGGUGGCUUUGCUUAAAACUUACAGCAUGCUUUCUCUUAGGUGCAAUCCUUACUUGGAAAAGGGACUUCAACAUGCUCCAAGCGUUCUUUCUUCUGUUACACAAAAUCCCAUUCUUGACUUAAGAGAUGAUAAUGAUGGUCAUAAUCCCAGUCACACGAAGGAAAAUACGAACUUACCCAUGGCUAUAAACAAUGGGAACACUUCUAGAUGCAUUUCACCUGAUAUUGGCGGAGAAGAAAAUCUAGAUCGAACUGUGGUACCAGAUAGCAAUGAGGACUUGCUUCUGACCAAGGUUUCCAGAAAAGUAGAAUCUAACUGCAAAAGUUAUCUAGUUCCGAGGAGGAAGCGUGUCCAUUUUUCAGAAACUGAAAUUACUUAUCCACAGGUAAAGAAAUUCCAAACGCCAGAAACCCGAGUCAAAGAUUCUUUAGUUGCAAGUAGAAUUUGCAGAGCGUUGAGAAAUUCUAACCUGCAACCUAAAUCUAGAGCUUAUGAAGUAAAAAGACCACGUGUCACAGAAAAUACGCUAUUUCAAAAUCUCAAGUUCUUGCUUACGGGAUUUUCUGUCAAGAAGCAUAAGCAGAUCAAGAAUCUAAUUCAGAAGAAUGGCGGCAUAGUUUUGGAUGAUAUUCCUUCUCCUUCAACAGCUAGAGGAAAGAAAAGCUCAAAGAAUAAAUGCCAGCUACUUCCUCUUAUUUUGUGUCCCAGAAGGCUAUUGACAACCAAGUUCUUAUAUGGAUGUGCAGUAAAUGCAUCCAUUCUUAAAGUAAACUGGCUGUUUGAUUCAGUUGAUGGAGGUUUGAUCUUACCACCUAACAAAUAUACGAUUCUUAAAGAACACGCUACUAAAAGUUGCAUCAUUAUAGGAAAACCAGUUCUUUGCACUUACUUUAUCUUUGAAAAUCUUGCCAUCAUGCUUCAUGGAAAACACAAGUUCUGCAGCAAAAUGGCGAAAAUUAUCAAGCAUGGAGGGGGAUUGGUGUUCAAAACGUUCCACUGGUUGGUGAAGACUCUUGAUUCUAAAAAGGUAUCGGUGGGGGCUAUUGUCGUGGAGGACGAAAAUGCUGUUUCACGUCACUUGAAACAAUGUGCGAUGGAGCAAAAGAUUCCUUUGAUGCCAUUUAAGUGGAUUAUAAACAGCUUAUAUGCAGGAAGGCUUCUUCCUUCACCAGAACACAAGCAUUCUCUGCCAUCUAGGCUUUUAAAUCAUCCAGUUGAUAUGGAAUUAAGUGAAGAAAUAUGAAUAUCUACCAUCUUGGCUACUUACCCGAUGAAAGGUUCGAAUUCAUAAAACAAUUUCAGGAUUUAAUCAAUAUAUGAUUCAAUGUCUUGGCUUGGUGGCUGAAGACUUGCAUUCCUGCUUGUGGUGAUGUUGAAGCAUCAACAAUAGCAGGUAUCUUUCAUGGUACAACUGAUAAUACUGUUGUUGGGUGUGUUGAAUGUAAGCCUGUUCUGUUAGUGAAUUUUAUUAAGUAUCACCAUUUUUUAUGGGAUUUGACAGUAUCAUAAGUUGCAUCUUUAUGAGAAAAGGAAAUUAGAGUUGUCUAGAAAUGACUGUUGUUUCCUGGUGAUUAAAAUGACCAUUUUCAUGGUGAUUAAAAUGAAGCAUUUUCAUAGACUUGGACUGUUAUUCCAAGGGACCUUAUGACUUCUUGUAUGCAAACACUUUUUCAAAAGCCAAGUUUUUUUCCUUUUCUUUUUGGUAAUCGUGGUGUCCAAGUCAACUUGCGAGCAUCUCAACUAAGCCCAUGAUGUCUAGAAGAACCGCCGGGAAAAUUUCCCGUGGCCUUGGAAAGACUUGAAGGGGUGACAUCUGGGGAGGAGCCCCAAACUACAACAAACAAAUGGAAGAGGCAGGAAUCAAACCCACAUAGAGAACUUAAUAAAUUUACAGUUUUCUCGCUUUUGACCCCGCUCAAACUAGCUGUCCUGCCAUCUUAGAAUUAUAAAGAAGCAUUUCUUAAACAAGCUUUAUUGUUGAUUGAGCUAUUACACUAACGCCUCAAGGUUAAGCUAGGGUUUUUACGCUCUAUUUUCUCUGGGGUAGAGAACAAGUAUUGUGAACAUUCCAUUCAAGACUCUAGACCCUACCAAAUGUGAUUGGUUUGGUUUAUAUGACUUCUUGUAUGCAUGUGUUUUCUUUUAAAGUGGUAUCGACAACUUGAAUGCACCAUCAAUUCAUGUGGUGGUAUAGGUCCACCUACACGAUAUCUUCUUAUGGGAGGUU